UGUUUUAAUAUUUAAGACUCUCUUCUUUUUAUACGUUAUAUUAAGAACACAUUUAAAUUCAACAAGUUAUGGCUCCUUCACCAGAUGAUAGCGAUGAUGAUAUAUAUGUCUUAGAUGAAGAUGCAGAAGUUAUUACACUUGAUGACAAUGAUGCUCCAAGUUUUGAAGAAGCCAUGGAUGACCUAGAUGUUGAAGAUGAUUCUUAUAUUGAGAGUGAUUAUGUGAAGGAUGAUGCAAAAAUAGUUUUUUCAAAGCACGAAGGUUCAGUUUUCUGUGUAGGCUUUUCUAAUAAUGGUAAUUUUGCUAUUAGUGGAGGUGAAGAUGAUAAAGCUUUUGUUUGGAGUGUUCAUGACGGAGAAAUAGUUUAUAAUUGCAUUGGACAUAAGGAUUCAGUUAUUAGCUGUGGCUUUAGCUCAGACGACAAAUACUUUAUGACUGCUGAUAUGAGUGGAGGAAUUAUUGUUUGGAAUACCCAAGAUGGUAAACAGGUAUGGGAGUUUAGUUGCUCUGAUCUUGAGUGGUGCAAGUGGCACACUUCAAUUCAUGUUCUGUUAGCAGGUGCAGAAUCUGGUGAGAUAUAUAUGUGGAAAAUUCCUGGUGGUGAUUGCAAAAUCUAUCAAGGUAAUAGUUUAAAAGCAACAACAAGCAAGUUAUUAGAUAAUGGUAAAGAAUUACUGGUUGGUUAUGGAGAUGGAACUUUAAAGCUAUGGGAUUUAAAAUCUGCUACUGCAAUAUUCUCUUAUCAUGACGAUGAAUGUUCUGUUCUCAGUGUGGCUUCUCAAAAGAGUGGCAAAUUGUUAGCGUGUGGUUUAUCUAAUGGGAAAACAAAGUUAUUUAGUGCUGAGUCUCGUAAACUAGUUUGUACUUUAAAAACAUUUUGGCCAAAUGAUGAAACUAAAGCAGUUGAAAGCAUUGCAUUUUCUCCUUCUGAUGAAUAUAUAGCAUGUGCUAUAUUAGGAGGCAGUUUAGAAGUUUGGGAUAUAUCCACCCAAAGAUUGAGGUAUGAAUGCGCUCAUCCAAGUGGGUUAAGUAAAAUUUUUUGGGAUAGCUCUGACGUUAUAAUUGCAUCCACUUUAGGUGGCGAAAUAAAACAAUAUGAAGGAAAAAGUGGUGGACUUAUUAAGGAGCUAAAUGGAAGUUAUUGUAGUAUAUUAGACUUUGCUAUAAACAAACAAGAAACUUUAAUAAUAACAGGAGGUGAUGACCAUACAGCAAGAAUAUUUGAAAAAUAAAUCAAUUUAAAUCCUGGAAAUACUUUCUUUGAAUUUAUAAUGAAUUUAUAAAAAAAAUUCUAUUAAAGUAACUGUCUACAAAAA